AUGACCACAUUGACCGCCAAAUCCAAUUUGGCGCUUUCGUUCCUGCGUCGAAGGUUAGUGCCGAGGGGCGGACAACUUUGUGACAUGCCUUUAUCGAGCAAGGCUCGAGUGUAUGCAGAUGUAAAUCUAAGUCGUCCUCGUGAGUACUGGGAUUAUGAAUCCUAUGAAGUAAAUUGGGGUGAUCAGGACGAUUACCAAAUCGUUCGAAAAUUAGGCCGCGGCAAGUACAGUGAGGUUUUUGAAGGGUUAAAUAUAACAAACAAUGAGAAAUGUGUCAUUAAGGUGUUGAAACCUGUUAAAAAAAAGAAAAUCAAGCGUGAGAUAAAGAUCUUAGAAAAUCUACGUGGUGUAACAAAUGUAAUAUGUCUGGAAGCAGUAGUCAAGGAUCCUAUUUCUCGUACGCCCGCGCUCAUUUUUGAGCACGUUGAAAAUCGGGAUUUCAAAGAAUUGUAUCAUACCUUAACGGACUACGACAUUCGCUACUACAUGUUCGAAUUGCUACGUGCACUUGAUGCAUGUCACAGCAUGGGAAUUAUGCAUCGCGAUGUCAAACCGCAUAAUGUUAUGAUUAAUCAUUCCCAAAGAAAGUUACGUUUGAUUGAUUGGGGUUUGGCAGAAUUUUAUCACCCUGGGCAAGAAUAUAAUGUUCGUGUUGCAUCACGAUACUUUAAAGGACCUGAGCUGUUGGUUGAUUACCAGAUGUAUGAUUAUUCUUUAGAUCUUUGGUCUUUGGGGUGUGUUUUUGCUAGUAUGAUCUUCAGGAAAGAGCCUUUCUUCCAUGGUCACGAUAAUUACGAUCAACUAGUUCGAAUUGCCAAAGUUCUUGGUACAGAAGAGUUAUUUCAGUAUUUGACCAAAUACGAGAUAGUUUUGGAUCCUCGAUUUAAUGAGAUUUUAGGCCGACAUACCAAAAAGCGAUGGGAGCGUUUUGUACAUGCAGAGAACCAACAUCUUGUUAGCCCAGAGUCACUUGACCUUCUAGAUAAAUUAUUACGUUAUGAUCACGCUGAACGACUAACUGCCCGAGAAGCUAUGGAACAUGUAUAUUUUCGGGCUAUUGUUCAGGAUCAUGGUGGUCGAAUUCCUGUUUGUGCUCAGCAGAAUAAUGAUAGUGCUAAGAAACCUGGUUCGACCACGCCAAGUACGAAUCCGACGUAA